AUGGCCUCUACCUCAACACCAAGACCAUGUUCGGAUGACGAUUCGGAUUCUUCGUCCAUAAUUUACAAACACGAACCAUUUGUCACCUUUCGCUCCCGUGUGUUGGCACUUGCGGUCACUAGCAUCUGGCCUGGUUCCGUCCCCGAUGAAAUCACCAUUGAGCGCAUGCGAGGAGGCGGAUACAGCCGCAUUACCGGCCUGACACAGCACAAUUCCCAGACCGACACCAAAACUCGGUACAUUUUGCGCAUACCACGGUUCGACGCGGCGCAUAUUGAAAGUGAAAUUGCCAGCGUUCAAUUCCUUCGUCAAUAUACCAAUAUACCCGCCCCAGAGGUCGUGGCAUUCGACGAGACGGACCAGAAUGCCCUGGGCUCUCCGUAUGCAGCUCAGAUUCGCGUUGAUGGAACCGACUUGCACUCAUCGUUCCCGAAACUGAACCACAUUCAACGAUGUAGAGUCGCUCGAGAACUCGGAAGCGUAUAUCGCCAAAUGUUAGCUGUACGGAGCAGCGUGGCCGGCAGGCUGGCCUUUUCGAACAAGCACAAACGUCUCAGUGCGCCACUUUACGUCGCACAUUUGAGACUGAUGGAUGCUCAGCCUCCCACUCCAUAUACCGACUCCCCCAUGACUGAAUCCGUUCACGAGCUUCUCACAGCCAACUUCCAAGCUCAGAAGGCUAUCCGCCUUAAAUGGUGGUCCACGGAGUUAUUGACGCCUAAGUUCCUGGAUCGGUUUUGCGAUAUGGCUUCCGAACUGGAGGCCGAUGGGUGGUUUGCCGAUACCCAUUACUCACUUGCUCACCUGGAUCUCGCUCCUCGCAAUAUUCUGAUCAACCCGACGCUCGAUGUGCAAACCCCCGUCAUUUCUGCAGUUCUUGAUUGUGACAAUGCUGUCCUCGCCCCCAUGUUCAUGUCAUGUGCUCCUCCCAUGUGGAUCUGGGCUUGGAAUGAUGACGAAGAUGAAGACGAGCGCACAGCAAAUGACGAGCCACCGACCCAGGAAGGUGUCCAGUUGAAGUUGACUUUUGAGGAAGCUGCAGGACCUGACUACCUCAGAUUCGCCUAUAAGCCCGCUUACAGGUUGGCAAGACGACUUCUUCGAUUUGCCAUCGAUGGCAUGCGGUCUAACGAGGACUUCGAGGAAGCUGAGGCUAUGCUGCAAGAGUGGAUAUGCAUUCGUCAAGCAAGAACGAAGGGUCAAGACCAGUAA